GAAAUUGCAGAACAACAUAUCAGGCCUGCCUCCGAACCGCAGCAGUUUAACUGCGAGACUUUAUGCUUUUGAGAAAAGAAGUCUUACUUGAGUAAUCUCAUAGGUGCAGUCUUGCCACUUAUUUCUGCAAUUUAAAUUGUUGUUGAUGUUUUCCAGGGCCAGGAUGAACGGACAGCACUUUAUCAGCCCAGGUGGACUGAGGAGCGUCGGUAAUAUCCUCAGACCACUGACACCGGCGGUAUGGCUCUGUGAUGAACCAGAGCUGCUGUACAGAAACAAGCUCCUGUGCCCUCGGCCAGACAGGGUUAUGAAAAUCCCCACAGGGUGCUCAAGGUGCUGAAUUAAACAAGAGUGAGCUGGAGUUUACCGUGACAGAUGAUGCUGUCCCUCCUCUGCUGCAGACCAUCAGGGCACCGGUACCUACAACUUCUCCAAAACAGGCAAGUGUGCUACCUCCCCUCACCGAGUAAAGGAAGGGAGGAUAAUUAUGUACUUAAAUCAAAGUGCUGGGCUGGUUUCAUAGCAUCAUGGAAUGACUGGGGUUGAAAGGGACCUUGUAGACCAUCCAGUGUAGUUUCACCCCCUGACAUGGGCAGGGACAUCUCCCACUGGACCAGAGCGCUUCAAGCCCCUUCCGGGCUGGUAUUAAACACCUCCAGGGAUGGGGCAUCUAUGACUUCUCUGGGAAACCUGUGCCUCACUGACCUCAUGGUGAAGACUUUAUUCCUUGCAUCCAGUCUAAAUCUCCCCUCUUUCAGUUAAAAGCCAUUACCUCGCUGUCCUUUGGCUAAAUGCCCUUGUAAAAAGUCCCUCUCCGGCUUUCCUGUAGGCCCCCUUUAGGAACUGGAAGGCUGCUUUGCUACACAGAAAUCCAUCUGCUAUCGGCAGAGUCCUUGAAGAUAAAGAGGGAUUUGAGUUACUGACAUAAUUUGCUCCCUGAGGACUGGGGAAAUGAACGGAGAGGCACAUCUGAAUAAUAACUCCCCAAAUGAACAUCUGACGACCGGAGCCAGCAUUGCUCCAGAAGGAAAACACAAUGGGAAGCUGGAGAUCUGUAAUGUUUAUAACAGAUACAGUGACUGGGCAGAAUUUGUUUGGGUUUUUUUUUUUUCCCCCACAGGCAGCAGCCCAUGGAGGAGAUCUGGAACCAAGCUCUGUUUUCCUUUUGCUAAAGCUUGUUUUAAGUCGUCUUCACAUGAAGCAGCUGACAGACAGCCCUUGAAGAAGCUAAAAUAUGACAAAAGCAGUCCUGUAAAAUCCAGACGGGAAGGACUUCCAUGUGGAAGUGAAAAUCCCACGGCGUUGGAACCUCCUAAAACAUCUGAUGGGGAUGAACGUUCAGAAGCCCCAAGAGACUGCAAUGUAACUGAACAGAAAAAAAGUGAAAGCAUUCCAGAGCCUAAUGAAGAAAAACGGGAAAAGGAGCAGGAUGUUUCCCUCAAGCCACGUGCAGUGAAAUCAAGUGGUGCUCCACCAAAAAUGAGCAGUGCUGAAGAGCUGCAGAGCAGUGCUUGCAGCGAAGAGGAGAGCAGUGAUGGGAGUGUAUGCUCAGAUGGGUCCAGCUCGGAGGAGGCAGCUUUCCUGAAAAAAACAGUACAGCCAGACCACGGUGCUCUCCUGGAUGAGGACAGCAACCAGCCAAUGCCAGUGGACCGGUUCUUUGGAGACGUUGGGUUCAUACAGGAUCUCCCAGCAGUUCCACUCCAGAGGACAGCGAUGAGCAGGCGAGAGUUCAGGAAGCAGCAUUUCAUUGCGAAGGAAGAUGAGGAAGAGGAGGAGGAGGAGGAUGUUGUCUAACAACAAACUGUAAACAAUGAAACCU